AUGCUGAAGCUGCUCAAGCAGUUCGGCGCCUCGUUUGAGAUCCAAAACUACCGCGGGGAUUUGCCGUUGCACGAAGCUGUACAGGCCGGUAGCAAAGAAGUAGCUGACUGGCUUCUGCAGUUACAUCCGACAUCGCUGGAUGCCGCAUCACAUGAGGGCCGAACUGGAUUACAUUUGGCCGCCGCCACCGGAAACAUCGAAAUGGUCGUGUUUCUUUGCAGCCAGGGCGGCCAGAUUAACCCGUUGAUGUUGUAUCGCGACAAUAUGUACACACCACUGGAUUUGGCCAAGCGAAAGGACCAUCAGGUGGUCGUGGAGUACCUGACGAUGCGCCACUCGGCCAAGCUGGCCACCGAGGUGCCCGAGGAGGAGCGGCUGAGCAACAAACUACACUUUGAGGAGCAGAUUGUUAAUGCAAAACUGAAUCGCGGCAAAAUUCUACGCCAGGAGAGCUCGUCGGAGUUGUCGGCCCGAAGAUUAAGAAGACGCCGCACGUCCUCCGAAAUGCUGAUAAAAGCCACGCAGACGAUGACGCCAGAAGAUGACAGUGGUGAUAAGCACCAUGCAAAGCAACGCAGACCGGUAACUUCGGAUCAGGCGAGAUUCCCGAAAUCGACGAGCACCACCGAUUUGGCGGGUGGUCAGAAGGAUAAGUACGAGAAUCGUAUCGAGCGCAUCCUGCAAGAAGAAAUUCGAAAGGCCAUCGAAGAGCAACGAGGAGAAAAGACCCUGGAUUCACCGCGUUUGGUCGCCAAGAAGAGCCCGAGAAAGGAUUCGAGCGGCGACUCGUCGGAAGAAGAUUUAAUUAUGAAACGUCGAGUAAAGGCGCAAAUCCCCAUCGGCUGGCUCGCAAAAAUCAAAGUGGUCCGCCUAAACACCGAGGAAAACGAUGAUGAGGAAAACAUCGAUCGCGUGGGUGGUGGGGACAAUGUGAUGCUCAGGAUCAAGCGCGAACCAGAAUUCGGGGACGGCGAGGGCGAUUUUGCGAUUUAUGAGGACGACUGGGAAGAGCUGGACACCACCAAGCCUACAGGAAAAGAUGCUCGACGACGGUACAUCCACGAGAAGGCCAUUUUCCAGGAGUUGACCCAUUUGAAGCGGAUGCAGAUACAGUAUGGCAAGGUGCAAGAAAAAGUCCUGGUUCGCUCCCUGGUCGGCAAUUUCUGCAAGAUGCACGGCCUCAACCCGGCCGACUUCAAGUUCUACACGUUUUACGCAUGGGAAAAGUUCCUUUAUGACCAGCUGAAGCUCAUUUAUCUCGAGGAAAGGGAGAGGAUCGCCGGACAAGCCGGAUUUUCCAAGAACGGAGCAGCACAGCGGUUUUCGCGAUUCGAAAAUCGACUCCGGCAAGCCAGAGCCGUGCCGAUUAAUGAUAAAGUGCGCGAGCUGACGCGGAUCUACGGCAACGGGACGAUGACGGCCGGGGCGAGGUCACCGAAUAGGAAACAACGCCAACAACAGCCGCAGCCACCGUCCAACUCCAAA